AUGUCAGGACAGAAGAAGAUCAAAGUUGUUGUGUUGGGCGCCACAGGAACUGUCGGUCAGCGCUUCAUUCUCCAGCUUGUGGACCAUCCCAACUUUGAGCUUGCAGGCUUGGGGGCCAGCGCUGCUUCCGCUGGGCGGCUCUACCACGAAGCCGUAGCUGGUCGUUGGAAGCAGGCCCAUCCUAUUCCCGAGUCUGUGCGCAACAUGACAGUUAACUCGUGCAUUCCGGAAAGUUUUUCAAGCUGUGAUCUGGCAUUCAGUGGUCUGGACAGCUCCGUCGCCGGGACUGUCGAGUGCGCAUUUCGCGCAGCCAAUAUGUGUGUGUUUUCAAACGCCAAGAACUAUCGUAUGGAUCCCUUGUGCCCGCUUAUUGUUCCGCUUGUGAAUCCUUCGCAUUUGGCCAUCCUACCUCAUCAGCAAGCUUGCAUGUCCCCUCGUCUGGAGCAUGGAUUUAUUGUGCCAAACGCAAAUUGCUCUACCACAGGCGUUGUCGUUGUCCUCAAGGCAUUGGAGGAUGCGUUUGGCCCGCUUGAAACUGUCAUGAUGCAGACUAUGCAAGCAAUCAGUGGAGCUGGCUACCCUGGUGUAAGUUCGCUAGAUAUUUUGGACAAUGUCGUGCCCUACAUUCGUGACGAAGAGGAAAAGAUGGAGGCGGAGACGGGCAAGAUUCUCGGUGGACUUAAAAACAACGACACUGCGUUUGAAAUGCACGAAACAAAUCCUAUGAAAGUCAGUGCUCAAUGCAAUCGCGUGCCAGUGAUUGACGGACAUUUGGCGUGUGUCAGUGUCAAGUUCAAAAACCAGCCUGCGCCUUCUUCCGACCAAGCCAUCAAGGCCUUGCGCAACUUUACUUGCGAAGCCCAGAAACUCGGUUGUCACAGCGCUCCCAAGCAGGCAAUCACAGUACAUGAUGAGCCAGACCGGCCCCAGCCUCGUUUGGACCGUGAAUGGCAGAACGGAGCAGGUGUAAGUGUCGGUCGCGUCCGCAAAUGUCCCGUGCUAGAUAUCAAGUUUGUUUCGCUGGUGAACAAUGUCAUGCUCGGUGCAGCUACCAGCUCCGUGCUUAAUGCAGAAAUUGCGUUACGCAAAGGCUACUUGCAGUAG